ACUCUCCUUGUUUAUAUUUUCUACGAGCGAGAAAAUAUUUUCAUUUUAGUGAUAAACAUUUAUUUUAUGACUUGUUAAAUUAAAAUAUGGCCACUUAUGUUGAUGGAGAAGCUCCAGAAACGGACUCAGAAGAUGAACAAUAUUUGUUUAAUUUAUCUUAUAUGAAGAUUGGUAACAACUCUCUUGAGAGUCCAAAUGUAGCUUUAAACAACGCAAAAGAAAUCCUCUUCAAAGGAAAUGUAGUUGAAGGGCUAUCCGAAACACAAGAUUUAAUAGACACUCCAGUAGCAACUGAAUUAACUGAAGAUUUCACUGUUUGUCCAUCUGAUUAUCCACCACCUCCUGCUGAAUUCUUUUACGAAAACGAACUGCUACACAAAAAAAUCAAUGACGUAUCAACAACAAUGUUAAACAGUUUCAUACAAACAACCAUAGCACCGAUCUCAAAACAGUUGAUUGAGACUGAUAGCUCACUCAUAAAUACUCAGUUGACUCUACAAACUAUCUCAACAUCUGCUAAAGAAGUAAGCGAAAGAUCAAAGAAAAUCAAUGCAAAAUGUAAGAAUUUGGUUGAUUCCAAUUUUCUCACGACAAUCAAAAAAGUAACAGAAUAAUUAAAAAAAAUUAGUAAAAUAUGAAUUUGAACAAAUAGAUAUCUAAAUAUAUUAAAAUUAUGUAUAAUGGUUAAAAUUCCUCGCAAGUGCAUUCAUUCCAUUUAUAAUGAACAAAAUGUAGUUAAUUGUAAUCAUAUAAAGUUUAUCUCAAAUAAAAAAAUUUAUUCAGUA